AUGUGUGAAGGACUACUUCACCUACACAGCAAAGAUAUUGUCCAUCAGGACCUCAAGCCUGAGAACAUCAUGGUAGAGCAUGACACUCACCGAGCUGUGAUCAUUGAUAUGGGACUGGCCAAAUUCUUCCGCAAUGGCCUAAAUUCUGCUGUGGAUAUGGGCAACGAGGCCUACUCUUCCCCUGAGGUACUGCAGAGGCGGGGCCAACGAGACCAGCGUUCAGACGUGUGGGCUAUGGGUAAAAUCAUUGCUGAACUCUGUGCCAGAGUCAGGCUGCACACCCCCAGUGUCUGUCCGGCUAUGAUCUAUGAGAUCCUCAGUCUCCAAGGACAGCAGUACUGUAAUGCUGUCUGUAGGAUGGUGCAGAGCGACCCCACAGUGCGAGCCACCAUGGCCAGGAUCAUGCCAGAGAUACGAAGGGCAGGGGGAGGUGGCAACACCGGGGAGCAACAAAGAGAACAUCUUCCGACACCCUUUCCGCACACUGAGGUAAAAGACACCUCGCCACGUCCUCAAGCUCCCCCGCUAUCAAAAGCUGAGUGCACAGCCUUGCCAAAGACUGAGGUCAAGACGACACUGCAACCACAACCCGUACAGCGGUCACCUUCCCCGGCACGAUGGGAGCAUGCAGUCUUGCCAAAGACUGAGGUCAAGACGACACUGCAACCACAACCCGUACAGCGGUCACCUUCCCCGGCAAGAUGGGAGCAUGCAGUCUUGCCAAAGACUGAGGUCAAGACGACACUGCAACCACAACCCGUACAGCUGUCACCUUCCCCAGCAAGAUGGGAGCAUGCAGUCUUGCCAAAGACUGAGGUCAAGACGACACUGCAACCACAACCCUUACAGCUGUCACCUUCCCCGGCAAGAUGGGAGCAUACAGUCUUGCCAAAGACUGAGGUCAAGACGACACUGCAACCACAACCCGUACAGCUGUCACCUUCCCCGGCAAGAUGGGAGCAUGCAGCCUUGCCAAACCCUGAAGUCAAGAACUCUCCAUCUCUCCUUCCAAAGGUAGACCAGGGUAAUGCAUUGGUGGUUCCAUCAGGCAUGGUUCAACCCAGUCAAGAUGUCAUGAAACAGCUUCUCUACAAAGAGGCCCCAAAGGGUCUCGCAUGCCCACUCCCCACAACGGGCAAGGUGCGAAUCUGCCGCUAUGAGCAAAGGAAUGGGGAAGUGGAGACUUGGGAGCAAAAUGAGGUAGAGACUGAAGGAGGGAGGAUAGUCAAGUUUGAGAAUGUGAUGUUUAACAAAAAGUCGUAAGUAGGUUAUUGAGAGGUUGUGAAAUAGUUGGGAGUUGAUUUGACUCUGCUUCUGAAAUAGUUGGGAGUUGAUUUGACUCUGGUCACUCCCCUUCCAUCCUUCAAUGUAAAAGUCUGACAUGUUUAUGGAGAGGGGGAAGAGUAUAUUUGGGAGGUGGGAUAAACUAAUGGAAGAAUUCUAAUGUCCAGUGAAACUGUACCGGACGCACUGUGCCUAAAAACAAAACGACACAAUAUCCCACUACGUGAGACCAAUAUAUAUAUAUAUUAACAACAAAAGUUGUCUUGCACUGGUAAGAAGGAAACCUUGGAGUGUGUUAAGGUUGAGUAAGGAUUUAGGGAUGUAGUAUCACUUCUAAUGCUACAUCAUGUUACAAUGUUGCUCAUCUGGUUAGGUGACAGUGUACAGAGGCACCUGGAGUCAAGUAACUAUCGGUGAAGGGUUUUGAAACCUUUUUGUUUUGGGAAACUUAUCCCUGUUUGCAAAUCAGUUGUCUCUUUAGCUCUAUAUCAUACAUUUGACUGGGUACAUACAGUACCAGUCAAAGGUUUGGGCACACCUAAUCAUUACAGGGUUUUCCUUAAUUUUUACUAUUUUCUACGUUGUAGAAUAAUAGU